CCCCCCCUCGCUCACCCCCACCCUCCCAUCCAGCAGCACAGCACUGCCACCAUCAACUGUUCAUCCACCUCCACCCAGAGCUUCAUGCUGACUCCCAAGGAUGACUUGACCACCUGAGCUGCUGCGCGAGCGUCAGAGCAUAGCAUCAUUUCUUGGUAUCGUCGGAUGGAUGGGUGACUGCUGGAUCACUCGCAGGCCAGGAGCUGGAUCAGAAGAGUACUAGCAGAUAGCUAACCACUGCCAAGAUCCCACCGCACGCUUGCAUCUCUGAGCUUAGACGCUGCAGAGAAUACUAGAUCGGCCGCUGCACAUUCCGCCCAGCGGCCGGGAUGGAUCACCACCAUCACCACCACCACCACCACCAUCACAUGAUCCCGGGACAGGAGCCGUCGGCAGGCGACGGCGCCGCCGGCCAGGACAACUUCUUCCUCGGCCCCGCCGCGGCCGUCAUCUUCUCCGGAGGCGCCGGGGCGUCAGGGGCCGGGUCGUCGUCGUCCGGCGCGGCGGCGCUCGGAUCCUCGGUGGGGGGAGGAGGCGGGCCGUCGCCGUCGAGCUCGUCGCCUUCGCUGAGCCGGUACGAGUCCCAGAAGCGGCGGGACUGGAACACGUUCGGGCAGUACCUGCGCAACCACCGGCCGCCGCUGUCGCUGUCGCGGUGCAGCGGCGCGCACGUACUGGAGUUCCUCAAGUACAUGGACCAGUUCGGCAAGACCAAGGUGCACACGCCGGUGUGCCCCUUCUACGGGCACCCCAACCCGCCGGCGCCGUGCCCGUGCCCGCUUCGCCAGGCCUGGGGCUCCCUCGACGCGCUCAUCGGCCGCCUGCGCGCCGCCUACGAGGAGAACGGUGGCACGCCGGAGAUGAACCCCUUCGGCGCGCGCGCCGUGCGCCUCUACCUGCGCGAGGUGCGCGAGACGCAGGGGGCCAGAGGGAUCAGCUACGAGAAGAAGAAGCGCAAGAAGCCCUCGUCGGCGUCGGCCGCGGCGGCGGGGCCGUCGUCCGAGGGGAGCCCGCCCCCGGGGCCGUCCGGCGGCGGCGGAGGGCCCGACACGUCGGCGUCGCCGCAGUUCAUCAUGCCGUGAGUGUUUUUGUCCUAGCUUGCUAGGUGAUCUAUCGCCAUCUACUACAUCCAUUGAUCCAUCUGAUGAGCUAGCCAGCAGCGCGGCUUGGAAUGCCCAUGCUGGUAGAACAACAAGGCCUGGCCAUUGUUCCUUGCCUCUUCUUCUUCAGUGGCUACCUUCUUGCAUUUUGCAAAAGAUUUCUCCCCUUUUCUUUUGGCCAUUUGAAUCGCCGCGUGAGUACUGGUUUAAUCGUCGCUGUUUUAUUCAGCUUCCCAUCAAUUGGUAGGUGUUUAUGCUUUAUUUGGUUUAUUUUGCUCCUCCGGAGGGAUGCAAGAUUGGGAGAACAGUUUGAGAUUCCCUUCCCUAGCUAGUAGCAGCUGUUGUGCUAGCUGCAUGCAUGGCAUGGUGUGGCAGAAGUUUAGUUUGCAUCAACAACAGUGGCACAAUAAGCUGUAGCUGCAUAACGCUGCUGAUGGCUAGUAGGAACUUUGCAGAAUUUGUUCUUGUAUGUAGCUUGCAAGAAAGUAGUUUGGUUCUGGUGCAGAAGCCAGCAGCCAAAAACCAGCUUGCAUUGCUGCUAUUCAUCACAUUGGCAGCUGAACAGAAAUGCAAUGCUCCAUUAUCCAUUCAUGGACGGCUGAUGUGGUGUGGUUCAUAUUUCCUUUCUUAGGAGAGCAAAAGGGCAAUGCAAGAGGAGAGGGGGAGUGCUACGUACCUGAUUUGAAACAUAUAUGGUCUCCUUUAAUUUGUGUCUCUAGAUCUGGAACACAUGGCAAUCCAUAUGUGCCAAAAAUUCCUGGACAAUUAUUAUAUCUUGUAACUUCAAACAGAUAUAUUUUAUUCUUCAAUUGAGCUUGCAAUUGCAUGUUUAAUUCCCUUCGUGAUUGGCAUGCAUUGUUGCAAAUAUUGCUUGGUGGUCUAAAAAAAUCCCUUCUUGCUAUUAAUAAUUUGCUUUGCAUGGGCAUUGUGGUGGUAGUGCUUUUGAACCGUAGUGCAUAGAUGCCGGCUACUAGUUUCACCCUUAAAAUUGCAAUGGCCAAAAGGGCAGCCCACAAGAAACAAAGAAGGCAAGCAAAAGAAGCAAGAAAGGGGGAACCUUUCGAGAAAGAGGAAGAGAUAGAAGACACGCAGGAACUGAAAACGUAUUGGGGUUUCAGUUGGGGGUGUGUACAACCGGGCAUGCAGCACCUGUUUUAGCCCAUGCUUUGAUGCUUCUGGCUGCCUUUCCUUAUUCAAGUUAGAAUUACUGGAUCUGGCUUGAUUUGCCUUCACUCCUUGUCUCUUCCUCUGCUGGGAUUAUAUGUAGUAUACAUAGAACAGACAGCCUUGUCGACAAUAUUUAAUUUUUUAUCCAGAUUUUAAGCAUGCACACAAUUGGGGGAAACUAAAUAUCACAUAUAUAUGCAUAAUGCAUGUUCUACGUGGUUAAAAUGAGUUGGGAAUUGCUAAAGCUCAUCUUAGCAUUUUAGUUGGGACCUGAAAUUUUUUGUGACUCUAAUUUGUGUUAUAUUGGAAUUACAGCUACUUUACAUAGGAGUUUAUAAUAAUUUUUUUUGCUUUCAGCAAAAGAAUAACUGUUGUGUAAUUUUUAUAUGAUGUUGAUGUCAAUAAAAUUUCAGGUGUUGGAGAGAGACAUUAAGAACGCCUGAACUUUAUCUACUACUAACUCAAAUAAAAUCUCAGCCAUAAAACGCUUGAGUGAAAUAUAUAUCCUGUCUAAUAAAUUCGUUUAAUAUCUUUCUUAUGUCAAAUUUUAUUCUUUUAGUCUGGAAAGUAUAUAUAUGCAUACAUUUUAAGAGUCUGUUGUCACCGUCGUUUCAGUGUGCCGCAUGCAUACAUAUUCUUUCACAUCGUCUGCUCCCCCCACUUAUCAUGAUAUUAUGGUACGGUAUUGCUACCAGCAGGAGGCAGGAGCACAGUUAAAUUCCUGUUCAAACAGUUGAUGGGUCUUGAACCUCUUCUAGAUUGUGUUUGUCCCUUCAUAGUUGAGAGUUUUUUUUUUUGAUAUGUGCUGCAUAUAGACAAAUCUAAUCCUAUUCAUUCCCCUACUUUCACAAGAUAUUUGUGCAUCAUAACCCUUCACCACACACAAACAACAAAAAAUGUAGCAUUUAGCAACUGUUUUUAGUCAUGCAUUGACUAAAGUUUUGUGAGGUUAACACUCAAUUAUAUAUGUGUUUCUGUUUUCA